UGUGCGUUUACUGUGGGGGUGUGGCCCGGCCGGGAUUUAGCCAGACUGCGCGGCCGGACGCCGGCGCCAUGGAGGAGUACGCUCGGGAGCCUUGCCCAUGGCGAAUUGUGGAUGAUUGCGGUGGAGCCUUCACUAUGGGUGUUAUCGGCGGUGGAGUCUUCCAGGCCAUUAAGGGCUUCCGCAAUGCCCCUGUCGGAAUCCGGCACCGAUUGAGAGGCAGCGUCAACGCUGUGAGGAUCCGAGCCCCUCAGAUUGGAGGUAGCUUCGCGGUGUGGGGAGGCCUGUUCUCCACCAUCGACUGCGGUCUGGUGCGCCUGCGGGGCAAGGAGGAUCCCUGGAACUCCAUCACCAGUGGAGCAUUGACCGGUGCUGUGCUGGCCGCCCGCAGUGGCCCACUGGCCAUGGUGGGCUCGGCAAUGAUGGGGGGCAUCCUGUUGGCCCUUAUUGAAGGUGUUGGCAUCCUCCUCACUCGUUACACCGCCCAGCAGUUCCGCAAUGCACCCCCAUUCCUGGAGGACCCCAGCCAGCUGCCCCCUAAGGAGGGUACCCCGGCCCCAGGCUACCCCAGCUAUCAGCAGUACCACUGAGGAAGUGACCGCCUAUCACCGCCACCGUGGGAGCUCCUCCUCGGUUCCCUCCCCGAUGAUCUACCUCCAAGGGAGGGCUGGCUCCCAGUUGGCCUGGGACCCUCGAGAGAGGGCCUCUACUCUGUUCCCUUAUCCCAGGUUGGGGUUGGGGCACCCCAGCUGCCCUGACGGAUGGGUUUCUUCUCUCUCAGGGCACCCCAACCCCCACUCACAUGUAACAAGCUCUCACCCUAGUCCUUUCCCGUUGCGCCCCGAUGAGUAUUUAAAGCCAGUUUUGAAAUGCC